AUGGCAGAUCUCCAAAUCCAUGCAAAUUUGGCCAUCGCCGCCGCAGCCGUUUUCAUCCCAGUAUGUUUCGCAACAGUAGGCCUACGAAUCUACGCUCGACAUUUGAAAAAGGUGGGAUUGGGCGCGGAUGAUUAUCUGAUCAUGGGUGCAUUGGUUUUUGUAAUCGGCAUGGGCGUCGCUAUAAUGGCUGAGGUCGGACUCAAACAAUUGGGAUAUCCAGCACCGGCUCCAUCCACACAAAUCGGGAAACCUAAUUCGAACGUCGCAUUCUGGCCCGGCGAGCUUCUCCAAAUACCCGCCCUCGGCCUCGUCAAACUCUCCCUAAUAUUCUUCUACCGCCGCGUCUUCAGCCGCAACGCCGCUCCCCGCUUCAACAUCGUCACUUGGUUUAUGAUAUGCAUCAUCAUCAUCUGGACUCUUUCCUUCUUCUUCUCCAUCCUCUUUAUUUGCGGCACGGAUUUCUCGGCUUAUUGGACUAGUACGAUUGUGGAAAAGGCUCAUUGUGUCGAUACGGAUAAAUUGCAUAAUGCGUUUGCGAUUAGUGAUGUGGUGACGGAUUUUGUCAUUAUAAGUUUGCCGGUUCCGAUGAUCUUCGGUCUCCAUCUCACCGUUGCCCGUAAAAUCGGUAUUCUAGCCAUCUUCUCCCUCGGAGCUCUUACCAUUGCCGCCUCCAUCGUACGAAUGAUAGUAUUCAUCGAAGCCACGGCCGUAAACUACGAUCCCCACGCCGACUUUGAAUUCAUCUGCACCUCGGGUCUCUACUGGUCCCUCAUCGAAUCCGCCCUCGGCAUCAUCGCCGCCUGUCUCCCCGCACAAUACGGUCUCCUCAACACGCCCGGCGUCCAGUCCCUCGUCGCCAGCGUUCAAUCCGCCAUCUCCUUGCGUUCCAUGCGAAGUAGUAGUCAGCACCCCAACCACAGUCCUAACCACAGUCAUGAAUUUGCUGUGCAUGGGGAUCCGAGAAACGCAUUUGCUAAUGGAAACGGAAAUGGAAAUGCAAAUAAAAUGUACUAUAGUGGAGCCUCAGAAUCGAAAUUAGAACCCUGGACAUCGGGUCAUACGUAUGGAAGCGAAACGCAGCAUAUCACGGCGCAUGCGGAAGGGCCGGCGAGGUAUGAGCGCGAAGGAGAGUUGGAGGAGGGAAGAGAGAUGGGGGUGCAGGGGAGAGAGGGCGUAAAUUUGAAUUUGAAGAGUCAGAGUGGGAUUGUGGUGACGAAUAGUUUUGAGAGUAAGGAGGGGUUGGCGUAG